CAUCCUGUGUCUGCCCUUCUCAGGCGAUCUUCUCUUGUCUCUCCUCCAGCGCCGCUGUGGGCUGCAGUGCCCCGAUCGGAGCCCUGGCUGGGCGGAAAGCAAAGACUUAAAAGCUGUGAAGUGAAGUGAUGAUGCCUGCAUUUCCUAUUUCCCAGGCUCCUUGUGAUCUGAACUGUCAUCUGCUUGGUGAGCACUUCCUCUUGAGAAACAUGUAUUGCCUUGAAAAGCCAUCCUGUGUUUUGAUGUGAUCUGCUAAAUUGUUGCUGUUGGACCCUGUGUGUGUGUGACCCAGAAUACUAUACUUCAGGGUUACAGUAACUUCAGGAGCAUUUAGCUGUUUUUCUCAUGGAGCAGAGGUUUUUGGCAUAUAUUCACAGGCUCCGACAAGACAAUAAUGGAGUCUUUGAGUGGCAGGUGGUGACAGAUUCUAUAGUUCCAGCAACUGUUCAUUUUGAUAGCAUUUGCCAUUCUACACAUCUAAAUUCCACGCACCUCUAGGAGAAAACCUUGCUGGAUACCAGUACUGUCUUGCAAGCUGGAGGAAGAGGCAGUAGUACCAACAGCGAGAGGGAAGAAUGUCACAUCAGCACUUGAUUUACUGGUGUGUGAGAGAUGGAUUUCAAUAUAAAAAGCAAGCCAACAGCAGUCCUACAUUAAAACCAUGGGAAAUGCAGAGAGCCAAAAUGUAGAACAUCAGUUUUAUGGAGAAAAACAUGCCAGCUUAGCACGAAAACACACAUCACGUUCUCUUCGCCUUUCGAACAAAGCAGCUCGCAGGACCAGACAUGCUUCCUCAGGAAAAAUUAUUCACAGGAACUCAGAAGUAAGCACACGAUCUAGCAGUACUCCCAGCAUCCCUCAGUCAUUGGCAGAGAAUGGUCUAGAACCUUUUACUCAAGAAGCCAACUUGGAAGACUUUGGAAGUCCAAUCUGGGUAGACAGAAUGGAUAUGGGCUUAAGGCCAGUUUCGUACCACACCGAUUCUUCUGUCACUCCCAGUGUGGAUAGCAGCACAGUCCUCAUGGCAGCUUCUGUACAGAGUAUGCCAAAUUCAGAAGGUGGCAGACUUUAUAGAGAUGAGUCAACAUAUUUGGCUGAAGGGGGCAAUAGGCAACUUCCAUACUCGACAAAUGGGACCACUUUCUUGGAGCCUAUGAGUUUCAAGAAAAAACGUUCAAAAUCUGCAGAUAUCUGGCGGGAGGACAGUUUGGAAUUUUCACUUUCUGAUCUCAGUCAAGAACAUUUGACAAGCAACGAAGAGAUCCUAGGCUCUGCUGAGGAAAAGGAUGGUGAGGAGGCUCGAGGGAGAGAGGCUAGCAACAGCCGUCAGCCAUUGGUCAGCUGCCAGCGUGCCAAUUCCAUGAGUGACUUGUAUUCUCCCCAAAACUCAAGUGCUACAAUAAAUGGUGGCCCACGAAACAUGUUAGGAGGUUACUGUCGGAAUUUCGUGUCUCGGAUCCCAGAUAUUGAGAACCACAAAAUGUCACCAGCCACGAUGGAGAAUGCUCCUUCUUACAGUAAUUACAACACACUUCCCUGCCGGAAAUCUCAUUGCCUCUCUGAAGGAAUCAAUCACCCCAAAAUGAGUCAUAGCAACAGUAUGCAUGGAAGGCGAGCAAAAACAACUCAGGAUGUUAAUACGGGCGAAGGGAGUGAAUUUGCUGACAGUGGGAUUGAGGGUGCAACAACGGACACAGACCUCCUUUCCAGACGUUCAAAUGCCACCAACUCCAGCUACUCUCCGACAACCAGCCGGGCCUUUGCAGGCAGCGACAGCGGCAGUUCUUCUACUGGAGAUGGGGCCCGUCAGGGAGUCUAUGAGAACUUUCGGAGGGAGUUGGAGAUGAGCAGCGCCAACGAUAACUUGGAUGAAGCUGGCUCUGCCCUGAGUGAUGAACAGAGCAGUGGGACUCUGAGUUCACCAGGACAGUCAGAUAUCCUCCUUACAGCAGGCCAGGGGACCGUACGGAAAGCUGGAGCUCUUGCAGUCAAAAACUUCCUUGUCCACAAAAAGAACAAGAAGGUGGAGUUAGCUACACGGAGGAAAUGGAAGCAGUACUGGGUUUCCUUAAAAGGAUGUACAUUAUUCUUCUAUGAAAGUGAUGGCAGAUCUGGAAUAGACCACAACAGCAUCCCAAAGCAUGCAGUCUGGGUGGAAAACAGCAUAGUGCAAGCUGUGCCUGAGCACCCGAAGAAAGACUAUGUAUUCUGCCUCAGCAAUUCCCUUGGUGAUGCAUUUCUGUUUCAGACUUCUAGCCAAACGGAACUGGAGAAUUGGAUUACAGCAGUUCAUUCUGCUUGUGCAACAGCAGUAGCACGACAGCACCACAAAGAAGACACUGUCAAGCUGUUGAAAACAGAGAUUAAAAAACUGGAGCAGAAGAUUGAUAUGGAUGAGAAGAUGAAGAAAAUGGGGGAAAUGCAUUUCCUCAGUUUGUCUUCUGUCAGAGACUCCAAGAAGAAGAAGACCAUUCUUGACCAGAUCUUUGUUUGGGAACAAAACCUGGAACAGUUCCAAAUGGAUCUCUUUCGGUAUCGUUGUUACUUAGCUAGCCUUCAAGGAGGGGAACUGCCAAAUCCAAAAACAUUGCUUGCAUUUGCAAGUCGUCCAACUAAAGAUGCAAUGGGCCGUCUUGGAAUCUUUUCAGUGUCUUCUUUUCAUGCACUGGUGGCAGCUCGCACAGGUGAAUCUGGUGUCAGGAGAAGAACACAGGCUAUGUCAAGAUCAGCAAGCAAACGAAGGAGCCGGUUUUCUUCCCUUUGGGGGUUGGACACUACUUCAAAGAAAAAGCAAGGGAGACCAAGCAUUAAUCAGGUGUUUGGUGAAGGAGCUGAUUCCGUAAAGAAAUCUCUGGAAGGAAUAUUUGAUGACACCGUACAAGAAACCAAGAGAGAAAAAGAAGUGACGCUAACUACCGUCCAUCCCCAUAAUCCUGACUCUGACAUCUGGGUUCAUGAGUAUUUCACACCGUCGUGGUACUGCCUGCCAAAUAACCAAUCUGCUUUGACUGUUGUCCAUCCAGGAGAUACAACCAGGGAUGUCCUGGAAAUGAUUUGUAAGGCACAUCAGCUGGAUUACUCAGCUCACUAUCUGCGGCUUAAGUUCCUGACAGGAAACCAAAUGCAAACCUACAUACCAAAGCCAGAAGAGGAUAUUUAUGAAUUGUUAUAUAAAGAAAUUGAAAUCUGUGAGAAAAUUACACAGCAAAUUCAGAUUGAAAAAUCUGACACGCUAUCUGAUAACUAUGGAUUUUCUCUGUCUUCUGUUGAAGAAGAGGGGAUUCGGCGGCUCCAUGUGAACAGUGUCAGAGAGACGGGCCUGGCUUUUAGAAAGGGUCUGAAAGCUGGUGAUGAAAUUGUUGAAAUUAAUAAAAAGUCUGCUGAACACCUGAAUUCAGCCAUGCUAAGGGACGUUCUUGUUCAGCCUUCCCUGUGCCUUACAGUACGGACUUACCCUGAGAAAGAGGCAGGGCAGAAACUAAUGCACCUACCACCACGCCGCAUAGAUGGUUCUCUCGACCUAAAUGACAGUCCAUUGAGAUCUGUAUGCAGCAGCCAAGGACCCUUGCUCAGCAGUGAUCAAGACAGCUGUACUGAGUCAACGCCAGAAGAGGCAGAAGUACACAUUUUGGAGUCCUCCGAAGAUGGUGAUAAAACAGGCAAGAGUACAGAACAGGUUGCUGCUUUUUGUCGCAGUCUUCAUGAGAUGAAUCCAUCUGAUUCUGCUGUGAGCCCUCAGGAAUUUAUUGGGCCUCAGCAAGCCACUACAAGACAGCUAACCGAUGCUGAUAAACUGCGCAAGGUUAUUUGUGAACUCCUUGAAACAGAACGCACAUAUGUGAAGGAUUUAAACUGUCUAAUGGAGAGAUACCUGAAACCUCUACAGAAGGAAACUUUUCUUACUCAGGAAGAGCUUGAUGUUCUUUUUGGAAAUUUGACGGAAAUGGUGGCAUUUCAAGUAGAAUUCCUGAAAACCCUUGAAGACGGGGUGAGGUUGGUUCCAGAUCUGGAAAAGCUUGAAAAAGUUGACCAGUUUAAAAAAGUGUUGUUUUCCUUGGGCGGGUCCUUCCUUUAUUAUGCUGACCGUUUCAAGCUAUACAGUGCCUUCUGCGCCAGCCACACAAAGGUUCCAAAAGUACUUGUGAAAGCUAAGACAGACACAGUAUUUAAGGCUUUCUUGGAUGCUCAGAAUCCGAGACGACAACACUCAUCAACAUUAGAGUCGUACCUCAUCAAGCCCAUCCAGAGGAUUUUGAAGUAUCCUCUUCUACUGAAAGAACUCUUUGCCCUCACUGAUGCAGAAAGUGAAGAACAUUAUCACCUUGAUGUGGCCAUAAAAACAAUGAACAAAGUUGCUAGCCAUAUUAAUGAAAUGCAGAAAAUCCAUGAAGAAUAUGGUGCUGUAUUUGACCAGCUCAUUGCAGAACAAACAGGAGACAAAAAAGAGGUUGCAGAUCUUUCUAUGGGAGACUUGCUAUUGCAUACCACGGUGAUCUGGCUCAACCCUCCUGCAUCGCUUGGGAAGUGGAAGAAGGAACCUGAAUUGGCAGCAUUUGUAUUCAAAACCGCUGUGGUUCUUGUAUAUAAAGAUGGCUCCAAACAGAAGAAAAAGUUGGGUGGAUCACAUAGGGCCUCAAUUUAUGAAGACUCAGACCCAUUCCGUUUCCGUCACAUGAUCCCUCUAGAAGCUCUGCAAGUUCGAGCUCUGGCAAGUGCAGAUGCAGAGACCAAUUCUGUCUGUGAGAUCGUUCAUGUGAAAUCUGAGUCUGAAGGCCGGCCAGAGAGGUCCUUCCACCUUUGUUGUAGUUCCCCAGAACACAGGAAGGAUUUUCUGAAGUCCGUGCAUUCAAUAUUACGUGACAAACACAGAAGGCAGCUUCUUAAAACUGAAAGUUUACCUUCAUCCCAGCAAUAUGUUCCUUUUGGAGGAAAAAGACUGAGUGCUUUAAAAGGUGCACGGCCAGCUAUGAACAGGGCAGUGUCUGCCCCAAGCAAAUCUCUUGGGAGAAGGCGGCGGCGAUUGGCUCGAAACAGAUUUACCAUUGAUUCAGACGCUGUCUUUGCCAGUAGUCCCGAGAAAGAUUCCCAACAGGCACCCACCAGCAAGGACACUGACCGCUGGGUAGAAGAGCAGUUCGACCUUGGUCAGUAUGAAGAGCACGAGGACAUAAAAGAAACAGACAUUCUCAGUGAUGAUGAGGAAUACUGCGAGCCUCUGAGGAGUACAAUGGUUGAAAAAGAACUUCAGGAGCAGUUGCAGGCAGCCUCCAUUGCAAGCAACCAGCCAUACCGAGCAGACAAAGUCCGCUAUGCUGGGGGCACGCAUGCAUCCAGAAUGGCUCAGUUAAAGAAGCAAGCUGCUCUGCCGGGAAUUAAUGGUGGUCUGGAAGGCAGCAGCGAAGAGGUCAUCUGGGUUCGCCGCGAAGAUUUCGUACCGCCAAGGAAACUGAACACUGAGCUUUAGGCCCAUCACUUUAUUGUCAGAUGGUAGGUGUAGAUGUGCCCCAGCCCUGCCCCUUACACCUUGUGGAGAAUGACCCUUUAGAAUGCACACUUGCACAUACAGUUAAGGCAGCUAAACUGGUUAAAACCACACAGCCUCUCUCCUCUUCUCUCCCCCCUUUAAAAUAAUGUAUAACAAGGAGGAAAAGAGCAAAGCAAAAUUUUGAAACGGAAUGAGCUUGAGUCCUUCUCUGUACAUGACCAAGGGCUUUAUUUAUUCUAAAGUAUUCAGGGGCUGCAUAUUAAAAUGGGAUGCAUAGAUAUUACUAGAAAACACAUUGCUGUGGGUCUUUUUUUAAAAAAAAAAUGCAGCAAAUUAGCUUAAGUGAUAGCACAAGCAGCAAAUGAAUUUUAUAUGUGACAUGUCAAUCAUGGGUUCAUCUUAAACAAGGAAGCUGCAAGUCAACAAGGAAGAAGUCUGUAUAGCUGCAGCAUUCUUGAUGUUUUUCCUCUUAAAACUUCAGAGAUUCUCACCCUGAUCCAGCACAGAAACAGGCUUCUGUGCAUGGACUGUCCUUCAUUAUGGGGUACCACAAGUGGAAGUGGUGUUGAGUGGAGUAAAAAACGUGCAUCCAGCACCUAGGGGUAUGCAUGAGGUGGGCCUGCACUGCACAUGCACUGCUGAACAGAUGUUUGCUACUGUCAGCUCUGACUGGUCCCAUCACUUGGGGAGGGGGGCUAGGACCAGGCUCCCUUUCUCCUUUCCCCUAACACAUGUUCAAUGCUGACAUUUUCAAACAUCUGUUUGGGAGGCAAGAUAGUUGCAUGCAGAAGCAUUCACAAAGCUUAUGUCGCCAAGUGAGGAUCUCUGGAUCCAGUGACAUGAUGUAUAUUUUCAGGAAUGUGUGAGGAAAAACCUGAAAUUUAUGUUGUGCCGAGUUCUCUUUGGUCUGUGGCUAGUCUAAUGUCAAUGUUGGAAGUUCUAGUUUUACAUAAAAAAAUAUAACAAUGCCAAAUUCUUUUUUUUUUUUAAUUUGAAAAAGAGAGAUCCAAAUUUAACACUUGAAGAAGAUAUUUUUCUGUAUUUUACCUGAAAUGCAAGGAUACAAAGGGAUGGGAAUUUUACAGUGUUACGUUGCAAUCUUAAACACACUUACUAAGUAGUAAGUCCCAUUAAACUUAAUAGGACUUACUUCCAAGUAAACAUGCAUAGGAUUGUACUAUUUUGUUCCGAGUUAAGAUGUAAAAACAACCCUUUUAGAAAGGGUUGAGGAUGUUGGUUUUCUAGUGUAAUUCUGAACUGGAAACUCUUAGGGAUAACCGUUUUUUUCUGUCUCUCUUUUUGUAAAAUAAAAAUGGACAGCUGUACAUAUUUGAGACUGGAAUUAAGUUAGCAAUGUCAAUAAAUAGCUGAGAAACCAAGAAGGUUAAAUUAAUCCCUGCUGUAAUUCUGUUAGAAUUGGCCGUGUUGCAUCUAGGAUUAAUUUGAUCUUCUGUGGUUGAUGAACUUAGGGCUCAGGAAAAAUUAAAACAUUUUACGGCCAAAAAAAACUGACCUCAUAUUAUUCGUAUCCUAUGUGAAACUAGUGUACAUUAUUACUUGAUUUUCUCUCCACUGCUAUAGAAUAUCAACAAUGUUCUAAUCAAGCAAACCUCUUUUCCAUUUUAAACUCCUUAUUUAAACUUCUAUAACAGGGUAAAGAUGCGACUAAAAUCUAAGGAUAGCCAAAUCAUUUUUAAAGCACUUUUUUCUUUCUUUUUAAAUAUUUAUAUAGCUUUCCCAUUUUAGUUUCAAUCUGAAAAAAAAAGACGGGGGAGAGUUCUUUGGGUUUAGGUUUGGUUUUCUUUUGAGGGGGGAUCAUUUUUGUAUCUAUUGAUGUUUGACACAUUAGUAGGUGCAUUGAAAAUCUAAAAUUUUAUAGUAGCUUUAGGGAUUACAUUUUAUACAAUCAACUGUGGCUAUAUUUUGAGAUGUGAACAGAAAAUGUUAUCCGGCAGCAACAGCAACAUCUGCCAUCUUGUAUCCCAGCCGAUGUUGGAGUCUCACCUCUUUGAUUCUCGGUGCACUAUACUCAGUGUUUUGAAAGUUUUAUUCUCUUAACUUUUGCUAUCUUUUCAUUGUUUUCUUAAAAAAAAAGCUUUAGCAAGGUUUCUAUACCCUGUGUAUCUCACCAUAUUUAAAUUCAAGUCAGUUGUGUACCAAUUUAAUAGACAUGACAAUGUUUUAGCUGUCCCCAGUGGAAUACAAUAAGCCUGUGAAAUGCUGGACGUCCUGUACUUGGAGGGUGCCAUUGUUCUUGUACAUAAUGUCAUGACCUGUCGAUGUCAAAGGUUCUUAUAUAUUUCUUUUAUAAGCUGAAAGAAGGUCUAUUUUUAUGUUUUUAGGUAUAUGAAUGGAACGUUGUAAAUGCCUGUCAAAUAAAAUAAUACUGGAAAGUA